AUCUGCAACUAAAUCUAAAAUUAAGCUCUAUUACCUCCAUUUCUCUCUCUCCUCACUCUUUGAAUCUUCAUUCAUACUCACGACUUUCUUCAAUCCCAUCACCAUACCACGGCGAAUUUCACCGGAUACCACCCAAAAAACCACCGCAUUCAAAUUCUUCAAACCCCAUUUUUCUCGGAUCUUCCAUUUUUGAUUCUUUGACCCUUUGAUCUCAACUGGGGGUUUCCCCUAAUUUCAUUUCAUCCCAAUUUUUUUGGAAGAAAUUAAGAAGGAAGAAGAUCAAUCAACCCAUCUUUGAAUUGCGCAGCUGCCUUUAAUGGCGGGUGCUGCGGGUGGGUUUGUGACUCGGGCAUUUGAGUCUAUGCUCAAGGAAUGUUCAGCCAAAAAGCUUACUUCACUUCAAUCUGCAAUUCAAUCUUAUCUGGAUGGGAUUAAAGAAGGGAAUCAGCAAACCCAUGUGGAGGAGAAGGCUCAAUCAGUGCCAGCGCCAGCCGCGGCCGAAGCUCCGAAGAGUGAACAUGGUUCUGACGAAGGUGUUGACAUUGAAAAUGUGAAGCCUGAUGAAUCUCAUGGACAAACUUCUGAGGGGGAACAACAAGCUGAGACAUCAGCACGGAUGAAUAUUUCAAUUGCAACAGCCUUGUCCAAUACAGGACAGACUUUAGAAGGAGCUGAAGCUGAGCUUGUUCUAAACCCACUUCGACUUGCGUUUGAGACAAAAAAUAUAAAAGUUGUAGAAUUGGCAUUAGAUUGUCUUCAUAAACUUAUUGCCUAUGACCAUUUGGAGGGUGAUCCUGGUAUAGAUGGUGGAAAAAAUGCGCCUCUGUUUGCCGAAAUCCUAAACAUAGUUUGCAGUUGCGUUGAUAAUUCAUCCUUAGACAGUACUGUUUUGCAAGUAUUGAAAGUGCUCUUGACAGCUGUAGCAUCUGCAAAGUUUAGAGUGCAUGGGGAAUCAUUGCUGGGAGUUAUUAGAGUUUGUUACAAUAUUGCUCUGAACAGCAAAAGCCCUGUUAAUCAAGCAACGUCAAAGGCAAUGUUGACCCAAAUGAUCAACAUCAUAUUUCGUAGAAUGGAGUCUGAUUCGAGUAUCAAUAAUGUCUCUAAGGAGAUUCAAGAUCGUAGUCCAACCUCUUCUGAUACACAUUCAGAAGAUAAAUCUACUAGCAGUUCACAAAAAAGUGGAGAAGCCUGCUCUGUGGAUGACCAAAGUGAGAAAGAGAUGACACUAGGAGAUGCACUUUCUCAAAAUCCAGUUAAAGACGAAUCUAUUGCAUCUGUUGAGGAACUCCAAAAUCUUGCUGGUGGUGCUGAUAUAAAGGGUUUAGAGGCUAUGCUUGACAAGGCAGUGCAUCUUGAAGAUGGGAAUAAGACAAAACAUGGUAUGGAUCUCGAGAGCAUGAGUAUUGGGCAUCGUGAUGCCCUUUUGCUAUUCCGCACCCUUUGUAAGAUGGGUAUGAAGGAAGACAAUGAUGUAAUUGCUACAAAGACACGCAUUUUGUCCCUAGAGCUUCUGCAGGGGUUACUGGAAGGUGUCAGCCAUGCAUUUACUAAAAACUUCCAUUUCAUUGACUCAGUGAAAGCAUAUCUUUCCUAUACUUUGUUGCGGGCAUGUGUCUCACCAUCCCCUGUUAUCUUCCAGCAUGCAGCCGGAAUAUUUGCGGUAUUAUUGUUACGGUUUAGGGAGAGUCUUAAGGGUGAGAUAGGGAUCUUCUUUCCCUUGUUAGUGCUAAGGUACUUGGAUAAUGCAGAAUGUCCACCUAACCAGAGGUUAAGUGUACUUAGGAUGCUUGAAAAGGUGUGCAAGGAUCCACAGAUGCUUGUGGACAUAUAUGUUAAUUAUGAUUGUGACCUUGAUGCACCAAACCUUUUUGAACGCAUGGUCACAAUUUUGUCAAAAAUAUCUCAAGGGAUUCAAGCAUCAGAUCCAAAUUCUGUUGCUGCUUCUCAAAAUGCAUCAGUCAAGGGCUCUUCACUGCAGUGCCUUGUAAAUGUAAUUAAAUCGUUGGUUGAUUGGGAGAAGUUACUUAAAGAAUCAGAAAAGCGGAAUUCCCCUGAUGAUGAGAUUUCUGGCAAAGAUUCGGUCAGAAUAGAAAAUAGAGAGGACUUUUCUAGUGAUAUUGAGAAGGCAAAGGCUCAUAAAUCCACCGUGGAAGCAGCAAUAUCCCUGUUCAAUAGGCAGCCCAGCAAGGGUGUGGAGUAUCUAAUAUCUAACAAGCUGGUGGAGAAUACACCUGUUUCUGUUGCAGAAUUUUUGAAAAAUACAUCCAACUUAAACAAGGCUAUGAUUGGUGAUUACUUAGGCCAACAUGAGGAAUUCCCUCUGUCUGUUAUGCAUGCUUACGUUGAUUCCAUGAAUUUUUCGGGAAUGCCUUUUGGUACUGCGAUAAGAGAAUUUCUUAAUGGAUUUAGACUUCCUGGAGAAGCUCAAAAGAUUGACCGUAUUAUGGAAAAAUUUGCUGAACGCUAUUGUGCAGACAAUCCAUCUUUAUUUAAGAAUGCGGAUACAGCUUAUGUUCUUGCCUAUGCAGUCAUUAUGCUGAACACAGAUGCUCAUAAUCCUGUGGUGCCAACCAAAAUGUCGAAGGCUGAUUUUGUACGUAUGAAUACUAUGACUGAUGCAGAAGAGACUGCACCUCAGGAGCUCUUAGAAGAGAUAUAUGAUUCUAUUGUAAAAGAAGAAAUUAAAAUGAAAGAUGAUCUGUCUAGCAUUGGUAAGAAUAGCAGACAGAAACCUGAAGCUGAAGAUAGAGGGCGCCUGGUCAGCAUCCUUAAUUUGGCUCUUCCUAGGAGUUCUUCAACAGAAUCAAAAUCUGAGACUGCUGCUAUAGUUAAGAAAACGCAAGCCAUAUUCAGAAGUAAGGCUGCAGAAAGGGGGGUUUUCCAUACCUCACAGAAAAUUGAACACAUAAGGCCCAUGGUUGAAGCUGUAGGAUGGCCUUUACUUGCUGCAUUUUCAGUUAUAAUGGAGGAAGGAGAUAAUAAGUCAAAGGUUCUGGCAUGCAUGGAGGGAUUUAAGUCCGGAAUUCACAUUACUCAUGUCUUAGGAAUGAAUACAAUGCGUUAUGCCUUUUUAACAUCAUUAGUCAGGUUCACAUUCUUGCAUGCACCUAAGGAAAUGCGGAGCAAAAAUGUUGAAGCUUUGCGGACUUUGCUAGCAUUAUGUGAGUCUGAUACUGAUUCUCUUGAGGACACAUGGAAUGCUGUUCUGGAAUGCAUUUCUAGACUAGAGUAUAUCACCUCAAAUCCUGCUAUAGCUGCAACUGUGAUGCUUGGAUCAAAUCAAAUAUCUAGGGAUGGACUUCUUCAAUCUCUUAGGGAAUUGGCAGGAAAACCUACGGAGCAAGUAUUUUUGAACAGUGUUAGGUUGCCAAGUAGUGCGAUAGUUGAGUUUUUUACAGCCCUUUGUGGCGUAUCUGCAGAAGAACUAAAACAAACACCAGCUCGUGUUUUUAGCUUACAGAAACUCGUUGAAAUAAGCUAUUACAACAUGGCCCGCAUACGUAUGGUGUGGGCUAGAAUAUGGUCUGUCCUUGCCAAUCACUUUAUUUCUGCUGGAAGUCAUCAUGACGAGAAGGUGGCAAUGUAUGCUAUUGAUUCUCUAAGACAACUUGGUAUGAAGUACUUAGAACGUGAGGAGCUCGCCAACUUUACAUUCCAAAAUGACAUAUUGAAGCCUUUUGUUGUCCUUAUGCGGAAUAGUAGAAGUGAAUCCACGAGAAGGCUCAUUGUUGAUUGUAUUGUUCAGAUGAUAAAAUCAAAGGUGGGAAGCAUAAAGUCAGGUUGGCGAAGUGUCUUUAUGAUUUUUACUGCUGCUGCAGAUGAUGAAUCAGAACCCAUUGUUGAAAGUGCAUUUGAAAAUGUGGAGCAGGUGAUCUUAGAACAUUUUGAUCAAGUUGUUGGGGAUUGCUUUAUGGACUGUGUCAACUGUCUUAUUGGGUUUGCCAACAAUAAAACCUCCCAUCGCAUAAGUCUGAAGGCUAUUGCACUAUUGCGUAUUUGUGAAGACCGACUUGCAGAGGGUCUUGUGCCUGGCGGUUCUCUAAAGCCUAUUGAUGUUAAUGCGGAUGAAAGUUUUGAUGUGACUGAACAUUACUGGUUCCCAAUGCUGGCUGGCUUAUCAGAUCUUACUUCAGAUCCAAGAGCUGAGGUCAGAAAUUGUGCACUAGAAGUUCUUUUUGAUCUAUUAAAUGAGAGGGGUAGCAAGUUCUCUCCAUCUUUCUGGGAGAGUAUUUUUCGCCGAGUCCUUUUUCCUAUCUUUGAUCAUGUAAGGCAUGCUGGAAAGGAGACUGCUUCUGAUGAUGAGUGGCUCUAUGAAACCUGCAUUCACUCACUCCAGCUGCUGUGUAACCUUUUCAACACUUUUUACAAGGAAGUAUCUUUUAUGCUGCCACCAUUGCUUAGCUUACUGCUGGAUUGCGCCAAGAAGACCGACCAAUCAGUAGUAUCUAUAGCACUUGGUGCACUUGUACAUCUCAUUGAAGUUGGCGGACAUCAGUUCAGUGAUACUGAUUGGGACACUUUAUUAAAAAGCAUAAGAGAUGCUUCAUACACUACACAACCACUUGAACUGCUGAAUGAUUUGGGUUUCAAACAAUCAAAUACACCUAAACAUCUGGGGGAUUCGAAGACUGAUGUAGGUGAUGGGGUGUCUGUUAAUUCCAUUGGCCAUGAGUCUGUGGAUAGCAGACAGAUAGAUGGUGAUAAAGGGGACACUAAUAGUGCUAUCUUGCAUUCAGAAGUAUCUGAAGGAUUACCAUCACCGUCUCAGAAGUCCACUGAUUCUGGGGAUCAGCAGAGGAAUCAGAGCUUUAGUCAAAGAAUAAUGGGCAAUGUGAUGGAAAAUCGUUUUCUCAGAAGCUUCACUUCCAAGGCAAAAUACGACGAAGUUGAUGUUGCUGUGCAAUCUCAAACAGAGUUGCCUGAAACAGUAGAGUUUGAUACAAAGGACGAAGCGGAAAGCCUAUUGUUAACAACGAUUAGGGGUAAAUGCAUCACCCAGUUGUUGCUUCUCGGUGCAAUAGAUAGUAUUCAGAAAUUUUUUUGGCCCAAGUUAAAAGCCCAGCAGAAGGUCACCAUCAUGGAUAUUUUGCUAUCAAUAUUGGAUUUUGCUGCUUCAUAUAAUUCAUAUCCUAACCUUCGAUUGCGCAUGCGCCAUAUUCCUGUGGGAAGGCCUCCAUUGAACCUUCUACGCCAGGAAUUGGCAAGCACCUGUAUUUACAUGGAUAUAUUACAUAAAACCACCUCAGAACUUGAUACUACCGCAGAGAACAAUCUUGAAACAAGUGACAUUCAGGUUUCAAAUGUGUCCACAGCUGAGAGUGACCUAAAUACAAGGGCCUAUUCUUCUGCAGAUGAGAAUCUUGGCCGGGUAGCAGAAGAGAAACUCGUAUCAUUUUGCGGGCAUAUGCUGAAAGAGGCGUCUGAUUUUCAGUCUGCUGUUGGUGAGACUACUGAUGUGGAAAUUCAUCGGGUGUUAGAGUUGCGUUCUCCUGUAAUUGUGAGGGUCAUAAAAGGCAUGUCCUCUAUGAAUAGUCAUGUAUUCAGAAAACACCUCAGAGAGUUCUACCCAUUGCUUACCAAGCUUGUGUGUUGUGAUCAGAUGGAUGUUCGUGGGGCACUCGGUGAACUUUUCAAGAGGCAACUUAGCACUCUAUUACCAUAAUGAUUUAUGCUUGCCGGUCCUUAAAGCUGCUCAGAUUGGAUGCAAAACUUCUGUCACCAUUGCAGCUCUUGUGUAUCAAAUUUUUUCAUAUGCUCCAUACACAGCCAUCCAUACAUUUUUGGAUGAUGACAUUUUUGCCUAUUGUUGUUUGUGCAUUCCCUCUGCUUUUGAUACAGUUUAACAAAACUCGAGUUACUCUGUCCGCUUGUGGACAUUUCCCCUUAAUGCUCUAUACACUAGGAUAAGUUAAGGUUGGCUGUUAUGUAUAGUUGUAAUUGUAAAAUGCUGGGGUAUUAAUUACAGUAGAUAGUUUGUGUUGAAAAUUUAUAUUACAGAGUAGUGUAUUAAUAGGGUUUAACUAAGUUUUACUUUGAACCCUGCAAUGUUUUUGCCUUUUGCAGCUUUGUGAAAAUUCAUCUCUAGUACUGUGAUAUACAUUAGUCGCAAAA